AUGGCGUCCCAGGGCCCUGAGGCGGCUGUAGAGGGGUGCAGCGGCUCUUUCCAGUCCAGCGACCAGGGCUGCAGCGAAGACCACGGCCAGGGCGGCCGCCCGGUCAAGGCGCCCUCCGAGCAUUCCGGCUCUGGCUUUGGCCUCCCGCGGAAUGUGCUCAGCGAGAGNCCGUCCAGCGACCAGGGCUGCAGCGAAGACCACGGCCAGGGCGGCCGCCCGGUCAAGGCGCCCUCCGAGCAUUCCGGCUCUGGCUUUGGCCUCCCGCGGAAUGUGCUCAGCGAGAGGGAGCGCAGAAAGCGGAUCUCGGUGAGCUGCGAGCGCCUGCGGGCUCUGCUGCCCCAGUUUGAUGGCCGGCGGGAGGACAUGGCCUCGGUCCUGGAGAUGGCGGUGCAGUUCCUGCGGCUCGCCGGCACCUUGGUGCCCAGCCAGGAGCCGCACGCUGUUCUUGGUCCUUCCAAGGAGAUGUGGCGCGAGUGGCAGAGGGACGUUACCCCGCUGGCCUUUCCGUGUCCGAGCGCAGCAGGGCCACCAGACGGAGGCACAGGAGCCUGUGGCCUGAGUGUGCCACAGGCUCCUCCGAGCUGCAUGACCACGGGCGCUGGCGAGGAUGAGGCCCCAUCGGGAACAGCUGAGAUGCUGGAGGGUCUGUCAGCCCUCCCUGAGCCUUGCAGCCUGCUGUCCCGACCUCCAGGCCCAAGUUCCUCCAAGACCCUGAGGCCGCCCCCACCCUGGCCUCCCCGCUUGUGGCAGCCACCCUCCCCCCUGGUGAGCGAAGAGGCUCAGAGCUGCCUGGACCAGGCUGGGCCCCCAGCGGAGGGGGCCAGCUCUGUGGAGACACUGGACACCAGGUGGGUGCCCAGGCCUGUGUCGGGAUGUGAUGUGGAAGACGGGACGUCCUUCUUGCUGAACACCAGUCCCGACUGGUGGCUGGGGUCUCUGGAGGGCAGAGGCGCCAGUGCCCCUUCUCGGAGCACGGCCAAGAGCAGCCUGCUGGACAGGGCAGAGCCAGGCUUCCUGACGGACCCCGAGCCCGGCUCCCAGGAGCUCCCGGACGGCCCCCUGGAGCCAUGGGGCUCGGACGCAGGCUGCCCCAGCCUGGCCCGGGAGGAUGUGGACAGUAUCUUCCCCGACUUCUUCCCCUGCUAG